AUGCUCGUUCUUAUAGCUGGCGCAACCGGAAACCUCGGCCAAAAACUCAUUGAUAGCCUUCACUCUCAUGGUCAUCAAGUCCGCGCCCUCGGUCGCAACCCGUCCAAACUCGAGCCCUCUCGCCGAGAGAAACUGGAAAGCUUCGUUCAAAGUGAGGCUUACUAUGACAUUCCGGCUCUAGAUCGUGCCUGCAAGGGCGUCGAAGUGGUUAUUUGCGCGUACCAGGGUAUCCCUCAAUUGCAGCUUGAAGGCCAGCUCCUCCUCCUACGUGCCGCUGAACGAGCUGGUGUCAAGACAUACGUUGCCCACUGCUGGAGUUAUGACUGGAGGAACAUGAAACUUGGUGUUCAAGAAAGUUAUGAUCCAUUCAUAUCUUUCAGAAAUCACGUGGACUUGUCUUCGAACCUGAAGCCGAUUUACAUCUUCACUGGAGUACUGGCUGAGGUACUCUUUUCUGCGCCUGGCCAUGGCCACUUUAGCCCAGCGCACAAUGGUGUCUGGGACCCAGAGAGCAAGACGAUGGAGAUUUGGGGAACAGGCAAAGAGGUCUGGAAUUGGACUACCGAACGAGAUGCUGCAGAGUUCACCACCGCCAUCAUCGAGAAAGAUGAUGCGUCUCAAGGCGGCGACUGGACUGUGUGUUCGGGAAGUAGCACACUCAAGGAGCUAGCCACGAUAUACGGCAAGGUUAGGAACUGCAAAGUGGACAUUCGCAUGAAGGGAACUGUGGAAGAGUUGCGUGAAAGAGCUCUUGAGGCGAGGAGGCAAGGAUCAAGACGGAACUACUGGCCGUAUAUCGGGUGGUUCUAUCAACUACACACCGUUGACGGGACCUGGUCUCUUGGAGAGUUGGACAAUGAGAGACUGGGAGUGAAGACUACAGGGUUUGAUGAGUUUCUGAGGAAAUACCCAACCCUCUAA